GCCCAUACUUUUCUCUCUUUCCCCAAAAAAGGCCCAUACUUGUUUCUUUCUCUUUUAUUGCAAUCCUCAACUUGAUUAACUUCCGUUACCCGCCAUGAAUUUGAUCUUGCUCUUCUUCUUCCUUUCUUUAAUCUCUCAAGUCCCAUCCGAACCCAUCCUCACCGUCAACCCCAAAACUCUUUCUAAAUCAGGUGAUUCGGUUCACAUCCAAUGGUCCGGCAUCGAGUCACCGUCCAAGCUCGACUGGCUCGGCCUCUACUCGCCCCCCGACUCACCCCAUCACAACUUCAUCGGUUACAAGUUCCUUUCAUCUUCUUCCUCAACUUGGGAAUCUGGAGCGGGCUCCAUUUCUCUCCCCCUCACCUUCCUCCGCUCUAACUACACCUUCCGGAUCUUCCGCUGGACCGAAUCCGAGGUCAACCCGGAAAUCCACGACCAGGAUCAUAAUCCCCUCCCGGGCACGAAGCACUUGUUGGCGGAAUCCGAGACGGUGGGUUUCGAAUUGGGUCGUGGGCCGGAGCAGAUCCACUUGGCGUUGACCGGUCGGGAAGGGGAGAUGCGGGUGAUGUUCGUUGCGGAGGACCCAGAGGAGAGGCAGGUGAGGUACGGAGAGAAGGAAGGAGAGUGGGAAGGUGACGUGGCGGUGGCACGUGUGGGGAGGUACGAGAGGGAAGACAUGUGUCACGCGCCGGCCAAUGAGAGCGUUGGUUGGAGAGAUCCUGGUUGGAUAUUUGACGCUGUCAUGUCGGGUUUAAGGGGUGGGGUGAAAUACUAUUAUCAGGUUGGAAGUGAGUCUAAAGGUUGGAGCACGACACGUAGCUUUGUGUCAUGGGACAAAAGUUCAAACGAAACAAUAGCCUUCCUAUUUGGAGACAUGGGGACUGCUACACCCUACUUAACCUUUAGUCGCACACAAGAUGAAAGCAUAUCAACCAUUAAGUGGAUCCUGCGUGACCUUGAAGCUCUUGGAGAUAAGCCUACUUUCAUUUCCCAUAUCGGGGAUAUCAGCUAUGCAAGAGGCUAUUCAUGGUUGUGGGAUGAAUUUUUCAACUUAAUUGAGCCUGUUGCCUCCAAGGUACCGUAUCAUGUGUGCAUUGGCAAUCAUGAAUAUGAUUGGCCUUCACAGCCUUGGAAACCUGACUGGGCCAAUUCAAUUUAUGGAACUGACGGAGGUGGUGAAUGUGGGGUUCCCUACAGCCUUAGAUUCAAUAUGCCUGGCAACUCUUCAGAACCAACAGGAACCCAUGCUCCAGCUACCCGAAACCUUUACUACUCAUUUGAUAUGGGGCCAGUUCAUUUUGUGUACAUGUCAACCGAAACCAAUUUCCUUCAGGGAAGCAGUCAAUAUGACUUUCUGAAGCAUGAUCUAGAGUCGGUUGAUCGGAUGAAGACCCCUUUUGUUGUAGUUCAAGGGCAUAGACCUAUGUACACUACAAGUUUCGAAAGUAGGGACGCCCCAUUGAGAGAGAAAAUGCUUGAGCAUUUGGAACCUUUAUUUGUGAAAACCAAUGUGAACCUUGCAUUAUGGGGCCAUGUUCAUCGGUACGAGAGGUUUUGUCCAUUGAAGAAUUUCACAUGUGGAAGCAUGGGGCAGAAGGGGAAGGAUUGGGAGGCAUUACCAGUUCAUGUUGUGAUUGGGAUGGCAGGACAAGACUGGCAACCAACAUGGGAACCUCGACCAGACCAUCCACACGAUCCCGUCUACCCACAACCCAAGAGGUCUUUGUACCGCACAGGCGAGUUUGGGUACACUAGAUUAAUUGCUACAAAAGAGAAACUUACACUAUCGUUUGUAGGAAACCAUGACGGGGAGGUGCAUGACAUGGUUGAGAUUUUGGCAUCUGGGCAAGUUCUCAAUGGUGGUGAUGAUAACAAUGGUAAAGUCGGAGCAGUCCAUAAGGUUGAUGAUGUGACACGGUACUCAUUUUCACACUAUGUCUGGGGUGGUAGUGUCUUGGUGCUUGGUGGUUUUGUUGGCUAUGUUCUGGGUUUCGUUUCACAUGCUAGGAGACAAAUUGCAACAGAAAGGGGCUGGACUUCCUUGAAAACCGAGGAGCGAUGAACAGCUACUGUGUGCUGCAAAUUAUCAAAACCUAUUUGCAGUGACAUAAUGGUGCUUUCAUGCUAUUUGCAGGGUAUGGUGCCUUAAUGUUUCUCCAAAUUUGUAUCUCCUGUACAUCUUCCUUGGAAUAUUUGUAUCAACGUAUUCACAUAAAAAAAUUAGGGUUCCAGUUUGUGUUUUUAUUUUCAUCCGUACUUCUGUACAUAUUUCUUGAACUAUUUGUAUCAAUGUUUUCGCAUAAUAUUUUGAACGAAAGUUUUAUAUUUUA